AUGCGGCGUGAUUUGCGUCGUUUUGAUUUACGUUUCAAUAGCCUAUGCAGACUACGUCGUCAUCGUUUGGAUGCUUUACCCGACGUUCCAAGAAACGUUCGUUCUUUCGAGAUCAAGUCUUGAAUUUUAAUCAUUCCUUUUGAACAUGAAGAAAGCAAAAAUAGUAAAAAGAAUCUAUUUCCGUUUUAAAAUUCUUUUUUUUGGCAACAUAGAGGUUUUGAUCUUGUUUUUCCAAAUUAUUUACUUUAUGGAAAAAUGAACUUCGAAUUUUCGAAGUCAAAAAGUCAAGCUUGUGAUUUCAGAAUGUGGGGAAUAUUCCACGCUGCUUUUUUCAACCUCUUGUUGCUUGGUACCGUUGUGGCACACACCAAAACAAUGUUCUCCGAUCCUGGAAUCGUUCCAAUUUCUAAAAACAAGUUCGUUGUAGUCUCCUGAAAACUCUUACAGUUCAUUCGUUCCAGGACCAGUGGUCCGAGACCUUUGUCUUCGGAAGAUGAAUCGGAAAGCGACGAAGAGGCCAUGAUGAGACACCCCUAUUUUGGAGUUGGUUUCGUCUUUUUUUCUCAAAAAUAAGAUGCCUAAAAAAAUGAAUGCAAAAUACCGACCUUAAACUCUUCAUUUAUCCCAUGAUUCAGCAGAGGAUUUUCUCUGAAGGCUGAAUAAACUUGUAAACUUUUAAGAUGCCAUGAAAUAAUUUUUUGAUUCAAACAAUACCAUUUACCUGGAAUGGGAAAUUGAAAACCGGUUCAAGCUUUCAUUCAAAUCAGAAAACGCGUCCAUAGUUUUUUUGAUAAUUCUUUUUUUACAAUUUUUUUCUUUUUAAAAGAAAAAAAAUUUAAGACAAGAGGAUCCCCGUCGGAAUGGACAAUGUGCACGCGAUGCGAAUCUUUAAGGCCUCCAAGGGCCCAUCAUUGCCGUGUUUGCAAAAAGAUGCGUCAGGAAAAUGGAUCAUCACUGUGGGUUUUUUUUUCGGCUGUAAAAUGUUCAAUUUUCAAAAAAUACAAAAAGUUGACCGGCAAAAUUAUUUCUAUGAGCAGAUUCCUUUCUCAUUUAUUUCAUUUUUGAUAACUUGAAAAACUUUUUCUUGAAAAUUGCUUAUUGAUUGAAACGAUGCUUUUUUCAGGUCCUUGGGUCAACAAUUGUGUUGGCGAAUUGAAUCAAAAACAUUUUCUGCAGUUUAUAAUUUAUGUGGGCGUAACUAGUUUAUAUGCAUUAUUGUAAGUUCUUGGACAUACAUUAGGAAUUCGAAUAAAAAUCUAUUUUAGCAUACUUAUUAUUUGUUGGGUUUAUGACGACGAGUUUGGCACAACGGGUAUGCGUGGACCGAACGGCGAAAACGCACACCAUACUAAAGUGUUUGUUUUUUUACAAACUACCUUACUUGAAAAUAUUUUGAAUUUUUCAGACUUCAUUCAAUAUUUUUGGCGAUGGAAAGCGCCUUGUUUGGAAUGUUCGUCAUGGCUGUUUCAUGCGAUCAGGUUAGCUACAAAGCAAAUAAAACGGAAAAAUUAUAUUUACCUCAAUGAAAAUCAAAAUCUCGAAAUUCGUAAUGCUAAAGCUUUCCAAAAGGCCGACUUUUCUUUUGCCGUGUUCAAAGUAAUUACGGCGGUUUCAAUAUUGACGCGUUUUUCGUUCGAAAUCAUUUCGAUAAAUAUGCAAAAUUGGGAAUCCGGGUUUCUUUAAAAAAAAAAAUUGGAACUACGAGGAAAUAUGUGGAUUUUUAGACGCCAACUUCGAAUUUUUGAAUUGUUUAGGCAUUUUCGGCGAAAAGUUUGAAUUAGGGCAUGAAAAUCACCGUAAAACGACACACAUUUCAAUAUAUAUCGUUGUAAGACCCGUUUUUUUUUCUAUGCAUUCUCAUGAUUCCAAGUCAAUAUUGAAAUCGCCGAAAUUAUUUUGAAGACGGCAUUUAAUCUCACAUUUCUUCCAGUUGAGCGCAAUUUUCUCCGACGAAACGGCUGUCGAAGCCGUCCAGCGGCGAGCGCGAUACGGAUCUUCGCGAAGACCACGAACCAGUAAGAUCGCGUUACUGCGGCAGGUCUGCGGGCCUGGUAUGUCCUUUAUCUUUGAUGCAAAAUAAUGAAAAGAAUAUAAAUAUUUUUAUUCCCAGGACCAAAAAUCCUAUGGUUGAUUCCGUGCCGCUGGUCUUCGCAAAGGACUCCUUCCCGUUAUGUUCGGUCCCAUCAUCAACUGUCGCAUUUUGAUGUGUAG